GAAGAUAUUCUGCCACUAUUAGAUCUGUCAACAAAAUUUGUGGAUGGAUGUGUGAGAUUAGACCAACUUUUGUUCAAGACUCAUCCUUAUUGGACCUACAGUUUAACUCUAUUGAGCUACCCUCCUACCAUGGCAGAGGAUGCUGUCCCAACUUCCCAGCAGGUGGAACAAGCUGCUGCAGUGCCAAGCUGCACCAACCCUGGGGAGCCCUUGGAUGCGGAGUGUCCCAUCUGCUACCAGGAGUAUAACCAGUACAAUAAAUGUCCCCGGAUGCUGGAGUGCCUCCAUAUUUUUUGCACAGAAUGUCUGCAGAGGAUCCAGCUCUGUCCCUUUAACCCCUCUGACACCCACAGCUCACCAGCAAUACCCUGCCCUCUCUGCCGCCAUUUGACCCCACUGGAAACCGGGGAUGCCUUCACCUUACCCAGUAACUCCGUCAUCCUUUCCAGACUGCCCCGCGUGGCCUUCUGUGCCCCCGAGCCCGUGGCCACCUGUCUAGCUGCAGUCACACAGAGAGUGGUAUUCUCCCUAGACGGCAUCAACAGAGACACCCGCUUCAUCAUCCUGCCCACCGUUAGCCUGCAGGUGCAGCAGAUGCACCCGGACAGGCCGUACGGCGCGGCGCCUGGCCUGGUGGGUGAAGAAGGCGUCAUUCAGCAGAGUAAGAGGACGCUGCUUUGUGUACAGCUCCUGGCAGUCAUCUUCUGGGUGAUGUUUGUGAUCAUCUGUGUGGCCGGCGUUGUGUUUGGGCCACAUUUCUUCAACAGAAAAUUUUAA